GGGCCGGCCACAUGGGCACGCUGCUCCAAACCUCUCUCCACCACGCCACCAUCAUCGCCUCCCAACGCCCAGAAACCUGCCAUUGAACCCUCGCCUCGGUACGCUCUGAAUGGCACAGCUCAGACUGGCCGCCAUUGACGCCACUCUAUAGCGACGACGCCGACGACUCUGGUCCUCCUCGGAGGCCACUGUCGGAAGCGCUUCCAGCCCGUAUGCGCGCAACACCAGCUCGUUGCCACGCCCGCGUCCCAGUCUAAGGGUCCGCCAUGCCAGCAGAGUCCAAUGUUCAAGAUGUCACCAGCCCGGCCUCACCUCGGACUCGCACCAUGCCUCAGCCCAGCACAAACCCAACCACGGCCGCUGGUAGCAGCAGCAGCAGCGCAGCGACAGAGAAGCCCCGACGCUGGGUGAAGCGAUACCGGACAGAGGUCUCGGCCAGCUCUGCCAGUGUCCUGUCGACCAUCACCGCUUUCCCACUCGACAGCGUAAAGACUCGCCUGCAGACAUAUCCGUACAAAGGGUUUCUCGACUGCGUCAACACUACAUACAAAGCCGAAGGCAUGCGAGGUUUCUUCCGAGGCGUCACCGCUCCACUUGCCAGCGUAACUCUUGUCCGGACCGUGUCUUUCUCGAUAUACCAGCGCUCCAAGUACACCUACUCCGACUGGAUGGGCAAGAACUUGGGUUUCUGUCCCCUCGAUCAUGUCAACAAAACCGGUGCCUACCCGACACUUGGUACUUUGGCCUGUUUUGGCCUUGCCGGAGCCACAGCAGGCUCCGGGAUCACCUUCAUUGCCUGUCCAUUCGAAUUGACCAAGCUCAGCGCUCAAGUGUCAGUUCUCAUGGCCAACCAGAAGAACGCGGAUCCAAAACGGCAGGCUAUUGCGCUGAGCUACCACAACAAGGGAACAUUCCAGACCCUGGCCAACAUCGUAAAACAUCGAGGAAUAAGUGGAAUGUACACAGGUCUCAACCUGCAUUUGUUGAGAGACACGCUCGGCACUGGUAUAUAUUUCGCCACAUACGAGAGCAGCAAGCAGAUUCUCACCACUGUAAGCGGCAAGGACGCCCACAAAAAUCCAAUCGCAGUCCUGGUUGCUGGCGCGUUAUGUGGCAUUGUGUCGUGGGCACUGAUAUACCCAAUUGACUCCGUCAAGAGCAUAUACCAACGCAACGCGCUCAUGUACUCACGGAAGGAGAAGGUCCCGCUGCCAAAGAUCCGCUGGUUCCGACGAGACAUGUAUCGGGGCCUCGGAGUGUCAAUGGGGCGCUCCGCGGCUGUCAAUGCCGUCUUCUUCUCCGCAUUCGAGUUCUUCAAGAAGAAGAUCAAUGCCCUGGAAGACACGGAGCCAGGCCGGAGUCUAUGAGGGGGGAGAGAGAAAGGGGGGGGGGCAUAAACCCCAUUUUAUCGCAGCACGACGACGCGGCAGAUUGUGCCACUUUAUUGUUGUUUUUCAUCAGGCGGGCCCCAUGACAGGCCGAGAAGCAUCAUUUUCAGGACCGGCGUUUUUACUAUGAGGGAUUGUUUUUUUUGGCGAGUGACAUCGCGAUGCACUCCACCAACGUCUGCGCCCACGCAGUCUACCUUUGGCAGGCGACAUGUUUGAAAGGUUCAAGAUCGUGUUAGGACAGUCAAUGAUACCACGACUAGUUGCGA